AUGACCUUUCCAAUUUUUUUUAACUCACUUGAUGUAUUAACUAUUAAUGAAUGUCAGUUUAAUGUUGAAUCGUUUGAUUCAUUUAAUUCGUUAGAAAAACUUGUUAAAUACAAAAAAUUAGCUUUUGAAUUCCCAUCAAAGUACUUUUCUGAUGCUGUUACAAACGAUAUUAACAACACUGAGAACGUUGAUAUUUUAAUUAAUUUGUGUGAAAAAAUGAUGGAAAUUCUUUCAAAACUACUUCCUCUCGUUAGUAUUGGAAGAUGUGUUAUAUUAGUAUACAAAUCCUUAUAUGAAGUACAUUCAUCAAAAUGUAUUACAUGGGAAACACUCCAAGAUAUAAGUCAGAAUUUCAAUGAUCUUCGUGCAUCUCUUGAAUUAUUUAACAAAAACAACUUCUUUAUACAAAUGGGACCAGACAAAGUGAAUUUCUCAUCGAAAAUAUUUGGAAACACCGCAAUUAUAAAUUCCAUUGAAAAGAAAGACGAGCACAAAGUUGAAUACAAAUUUUCACAACAAAAUAAGCAGAUUGAGGAAUUGGAGAAAGAACUCAAAAAGUUCCAAAACAACGAAAAAGAAAAAGAAACACAAAUAGAAACUCUAAAAAUAGAAAUAGAACAAUUGAAAUGUGAAAAUAAUGAAUAUUUUCUAAUGCAUCAAAAAAUGAAUAUUGAAAAAGUCGAAAUUGAAAAAAUCAAAUAUGAUAAUCAACAUUUAAACGAUUGUUUAGAACAAGUCACACAACGACUCGAUCAAUUGCAGUUAGAUUUGAAUAAUAAAAACCAAGAACUUGAAAAUUGUAAAACAGAAAAUAGCCAAAAUAAACAAAUCAUUGAACAACUCAAUACUAAUAGUUCCCAGCAACAAUUGCUUAUUGAAGAAUUAAAGAAACAAAUUUCCAAACCUCAAAACGACUCAACUGAUAACGAUAAAGAAAUUCAAAUUGAAACUUUAAAAAUGAGUUUAGAAGAACAAUCACAAAAAAUGAAAAAAAACGAAAAGGAUACCAUUCUCACCGAAUCCGUAGAAAUCAAAGCGCCUCAAUUGCUUUUCUUAAGCGGUGGGAAAUUCUCAGUAGAUGUCCAUGGAACUGUUAUUGAAUUUGAUAUGCCAGCAUUUGCUACAGCCCCCGUCAUAUAUCAAAUUGAAGGUGUUGGAGAAGUCAAUGGAAAAGGUGGACAAAAGUAUGAAUUAAAAGUAUUGAUGGAAGACGAAAAUGAUAGUGUUAUAGAUGGGACUAAUCUGGUGAAAACUAUUUAUGUACCAAAACAGUUUGAAGGGCAAAGAGUAAAUUUACCACUUCAGAUAUUAGACUUU